CAACUACUACUGCAAAAAAAUCGAUCGAAAAAUAUCGCUGUUGUCGAUGUGCUUCCAGCUCUAAAUUUAACACUUUCCAACACUCUAUUAUAAUAUCAAUUGGCGCUAGUUUUUGUUAUAAAUAAUCAAAAUGUCAAACAAAGCAGAAAAGUUGCUUAAACAGGCUCUUAAAGAGCAGCAGAAGCGCAUUAAGCCCGGCGAAUGCCAGAAAUAUGUGCGACUGGUGCUAGACACCGGCCUGCUGCGCUCUGCAUGGGGCCAGGAGCUGAUAUCCCAAUUAAAUACAACAGAUUUAAAGUACGUAUUACGCAGUUUGGCGGCCAGAAAUUGCAUUAUUUGGGAGCGCAAUGUGGGUCAGCAUCAGCUGCUAGCAGACACCGCACUGGACGAUGCCUGGAGCAUGGAGCAACAAGUGCUGCUGCUCUACACCGAAACGGAAUUCCAGCGCACGCUGAAGGACCAAACGCUGGCCUGCAUCGGUGCCAAGUUGCACGAUGCAUUUCCCCUAGCCAAUUACCAAUUUACGGUGGUGGUGCCGCGCCAGCGUCACGAGACAACGAACACCGCACUGAUUGAGCUACAGCUGCUGCAGCAGUUGCACGUCGAGCAACUCGGUCAGCCGCUGGGAGCACAGCUGUUGGCGCUGCUGCAGCGCUACACAAAAGCCAUUGCCGAGUCGCCAUACAAGCAGCAGCGUCACGCGAUCCUCGGCAGCUUCAAGAAGUAUCUGGCCAAUGACAACAAGCAAUGUGUGCGCGUCGAGCAGGGCAAUGGCUAUGGACGCCUCUGGCAACAGCAUCUCAAUCGAUUGCCACUCGUCACACUCGAGGUGGCCGAAUCUAUCAUUGCCCAAUAUCCGUGUCCCAAGCGGAUGUUGGACCACUUUGCCACAGAUUCGCAGGCAGUGCAAACGCUGGCGGAUCUGAGGAUUAAGCGCAACAAUGGAGCCCAACCACUGCAGACGGAACGGCGCAUUGGCAAUGUGCUAAGCAACAAGCUAUAUACACUUUAUAAUUCCCGGGAUCCAAAUCAGUUGAUUUAAACUAUAUAGUUUUAGGCCGUUUAUUCAGCUGAUCAUAAUUUAAAAUCGUUGGUUAGAGCUAAGUGCUAAAAUAAUGUAUGUACAGAGUUGUUAUCCAAUUCUUCAGUUAUUUAUCGACUAUAUUUUAAAAAAUCACAAUAUUUUUUAUACGCUUCAU